AUGACAGACAGAGUGAGAGCAAAAUGGACUCCUCAGGUAUCUGCCACUCAACAAGCAAAGGACUACAGAACUAAAUUCAAAUAUAAUCUCCUCUUUCGAUUAUUCUUUUGUUGGGUCGACCCAUUAUUUUGCCUGGGCAGUAAACGUAGCCUUGAGUUCAAUGACCUGUAUGCUCAUCCAUCAGAAGCGGACUCCAACUACCUCUUAAACAAAUUCAACAAAUAUUGGUUGAUGGAAUUGCAGCGAAAAGAACGUGGACAGUCUCCAAGAUUAUUUAUUGCAUGGCUUAAGUGCUUCUGGUGGAAAGUAAUACUUCAUGGAGUACUUAUUUCAUUUAAUGUGGCCUGCAUGAUAACUCUAUCAGAGCUAUUGGGAUCACUGGUUGAUUACUUCGUCAUUGAAUCACCUACACCAGACAAUACGAAAAUGGCUCUACUUUUUGCAAUGGGAAUUACUCUGUCUGCAUUGGGUAACAUGUUUUUUCAUGCCCAUCACUUUCACCAGGGCUUCUUGACUGGCUUUUAUACUAAAAUAAUGUUUACUGGAUUGAUUUAUAAAAAGACACUGCAACUUAGUCAGGCUACUGUGGGAAAACUUUCAGUUGGACACAUUGUGAAUCUUGCUUCCAAUGAUGUGCAUAAAUUUGAUGAAGCCUUUGCUAGAUAUCAUUUUAUAUGGAUUGGUCCGCUACAUGUUAUGGUUGUAACUUAUCUCUUGUACAUAGAAGUGCAAUGGAGUGCCUUUGUAGCUACUGCCUUGCUUGUUUUUCAAAUUCCUCUACACCUGACAGUUUUGAAAUUUUUCUCUAAGCUAAGAUUUAAAGCUGCUAGAAUGGCUGACAGAAGAAUUAAAGUUAUGAAUGAAGUAAUUAGUGGAAUAAGAGUCAUCAAAAUGUAUGCCUGGGAAUAUGCUUUCAAAGACAUAGUAGCUACUAUAAGAAGAACUGAGUUAUUCAUAGUCUUGAAGUAUUUUCUGUGUUUGUCAGUCAGUCAUACCUACAAAACUGCAUUGAAUGCCAUGAUCAUGUUUCUGACAUUUGCAGUCUACGUUAGUACUACAGGAAAUGAGCUUGUUCCUAGAAAAGUUUUUGUUACUCUUUCUCUCAUAACUUUUGUUCGUUUCACUUCAGUUCGUUUGUUUAUAAUGGCUACUCACAAUGUUGCUGAUGCUAGAGUAGCAUGGAUUAGAAUAAGGGACAUUGAUCUGUUACCUGAAGGUGACUUGACGUUAGUAGGAGAAAGAGGAGUAACUCUCAGUGGAGGGCAGAGAGCUAGAGUUAAUCUAGCAAGAGCAGUUUACUGUCAAGCUGAUGUAUAUCUUCUUGAUGACCCAUUGAGUGCUGUUGAUCCUGCUGUUAGCAAGCAUCUUUUCGACAAGUGCAUUUGUGGUUUACUGUCUGAUAAAUGUGUGAUACUAGUGACUCACCAGACACAAUAUCUUAAGCAAUGUGAUGCUGUGCUUGCUUUGAAAGAAGGAAAGGUAGUGAUGUAUGACACUCCUACAAGUAUUAUCCGGAAAUCCAAUGAUAAUCAACUUUUAUGUCAUGCACAUGAUACAAAUGAAGCCAUGUCAAGCGAGACACGAGAAAGACAUUUCAAUGAAGCAGACACCAUAUCAUCAGACGCCUUAUUGUCUGAAAAACAACAAGAUCAGUCGUGCAGUAAAAGCAGUGUAGUUCAGAAACCAGCAUUGUCUGAAGAGGAAAGAGCACAUGGUAGUUUGUCUAUGAAAACUUACAUACAUUACUUCAUAGCUGGAGGAGGAUAUAUUUUCACCCCAAUUGUUGUUGCUAUUUUUAUAUUGACCCAGGUAAAUAUAGUUUCUGCUGAUUGGUGGAUAGCUGACUGGGCUGACUGUAACUCUGAAAAUCUUAAUCAAUCAACUUGUCUUCUUGAUGAUAAUCAACGAAUUGGAAUAUCAGGAGCUUUUGUUGUGUCACUGAUAAUAAUUGGAGCUCUUCGUGUCAUUUUGUAUUUUAUUUUGCUGCUAAAUGCAGCUAAGGUUGUACACAACAAUAUGUUUGCUAAAGUUUUGAGAGCUCCCAUAUUGUUCUUUGAUACAAACCCAAUAGGCCGUGUGUUGAAUCGAUUCUCCAAAGACAUCAGUUUUCUAGAUGAUCGGUUACUUUAUAGCUCUAUUGACUAUCUUGAUAUUCUAGUCCAGUUUUUGGCCACAAUCAUUACAGCUUCAGUGGCUAAUCCAUAUAUAUUAAUAGCUGCUGUUGCAUUAUUUGUUUCUUCUUUGGCUCUCCGGUGGUACUAUCUAAAAACUGCAAGAGAUAUUAAAAGAUUGGAGGCACUAGCUCUUAGUCCUAUGUACUCUCAUUUGUCUCUCACAAUAAGAGGAUUGUCAACAAUAAGAACAUAUUCAAUGGAAGAUGAAGCAAUGAAUCAGUUUCAUGAAUUUCAAAAUCAGCACACUCAAGCAGCUUAUCUUUACAUUGUCACUUCAAGAUGGUUUGGUAUGAGAAUCGAUACUAUUAGUGCCAUAUUUAUAGCCAUUGUUAGUUUUGUCUCUAUACCGUUAUCAUCAACUCUUAAUGCCAGUUUAGUUGGUUUAGCAUUGACCUAUGCAAUUUCAUUAAGUGGAAGCUUUCAGUAUUGUGUGAGGCAAAGUGCCGAAUUUGAAGGCUUGAUGAUUUCGGCAGAAAGAGUAAUGGCCUAUGGUAGACUUGAAUCUGAAGCACCUCUGAAACAGACC